AUGAUGAGAACAAGGCAUGAUCAAGAUGAACAAUCUCGAGCUUUCUACGAGCUAUCCGCCAUCGUUCUAAACCUCCUCCGUUCUUCUCCACCGUCACGGCGUUUGCCUCCGCCUCAAAUCACCCCCGCGGGAUUCGCCUCCAUGUUUCUUGGAAUCUCGCUGUCUCUUAUGCUAUGUGGAUCGGUCACGUUCUUCAUCGGCUUCGUGUUGAUGCCCUGGGUCAUAGGAUUGUUUAUGGUCCUCUACGUCGCUGGAAUCGUCACGACUCUCUCCGAUUUCGGUACUUUUAUUUUCCGUUACCUUCCGACGGCGCCAGAGCCGCGUAAAGAUGUUCCAGCAUGGUAG